AUGAAGGACAAAUCUGAAGCGGUGGCAGCUGGUGGCCAUGGCCAUGGCCAUAGCCAGCGCGCCUUCGAACUGGAAGAUGCUACUGGCAAUGUCAUCAAGCCGCAUACCAGUGCCUACAAUAUCCUGAUCACCCUCGCCCUCACUCUUGGUUCCCUCAACUACGGGUACAGCUCGGCCGUGAUCGCGGGAGCGUUGGCUCUCCCCAGCUUCAACGACCUGUUUCUGGCGGUCGACCCAUCUACUCGCACCGGAGCGAUUCUUGGAAUCUUUCUCGGCGGUGGCUUCGUCGGCGCCGUCCUUCAGCAACCAUUGAGUGAUCGGUUUGGGAGAAGAGUCGGUCUGGGGUCCGGGGCCUGCUUCGUGAUGGUGGGCCUAGCGCUGCAGGCGGGAUCGGUCAACUUCCCCAUGUUCCUCGUGGGACGGUUGUUCGCCGGCAUGGGAGCCGCCAUCUGCCUCACCGUGUCCCCCAUGUACAUCAGCGAGCUGGCGCCGGCACACUCCCGGGGCUGGCUGGUGUCGUUCCAUGUGACCGGGCUGAAUACCGGCUAUCUGAGCGCGUCGCUGGGCUCGCUCGGCUUCAGCUUCGUGACGGCCAAAAUCCAGUGGCGCCUCAACUUCAUCAUCGCCGCCAGCUUCGGGGUCAUCCUCCUGCUCCUCAUCAUCCUCGUCAUCCCCGAAUCUCCCAGGUGGCUGGUCAGCCAGGGUCGGGUCGAGCAGGCCCAGCGCACCCUCGAGAGAUUGCACGUCAACAAACACGACCCGAACGGCCUCGUCGCCCGCGCCGAGCUGUAUCAGAUCCGCGCCCAGUGCGAGGCCGACAAGGAGAUGCCGAGCGGCUUCAUCCAUAUCUUCCGCACCCCGAGCUUGAGAAAGCGCGCCUUCUGUACGAUUUUGGUCUGGUUCUCCAGCAUGAGCACCGGCGUCCUCGUCAUUUCAAACCUGACGCCCCUUCUCUUCGCCGGCCUGGGCGUAAACGAAACCGUCCAACUUGGCCUCUCGGCCGCCUGGUAUGGCGUCGGUAUUGCCUGCUCCACACUCGGAGGUCUCACCGUGGACAGAGUUGGCAGGAGGAAUUUCCUCGUCAUCGGCACGGCCGGGUGCCUACUGUCGUUGGUUCUCGAGGCUGCCAUGCAAGCCAAAUACAUCGGCACGACCAACAAGUCCGGGCUCACGGCCGGAGUGGUCUUCUUCUUUCUGUUUGCCGUCUUCUACAACGCCUUCUUCGACACCGGCUCUUUCGUCUACACGGCGGAAAUCUGGCCGACCCAUGUCCGCGGCGAGGGCGUCACCAUUGCCAUGACCACCUUCUUCGGUUUCGCCAUCGCCUACAACUCCCCCGCCUCGCAGGCCUUUGCCUCCAUCCACUGGAGGUAUUACCUGGUCUUCAUCUGCAUCUCCGUGGUAACGGUGGUUUGUAUCCAUUUCUACCUUCCCGAAACGGCCGGCCUGACGCUGGAGGAGAUCGGAGAACAGUUUGGGGAACCGGCCCAGGUUCAUUUCCGCGACAUUCAUUUGGACAAGAUGAGAUCUGAAGAGGUCGAGGUAGUGGAACAGGUCGAGGGAGGUGAAGACAUGGUUGAGCAGCAAGGGAAAGGUAGAUGA